UUGUUUAAUUAAUUUAUUGCGCCCCAGGGGGCCAUCACGCCAUCAAUGGAGUGGAGUGGACGCAAGACAUAUUUCCUGCAGCUGUGAACGCCAUCAAUGGAGUGGAGUGGACGCAAGACAUAUUUCCCGCAGCUGUGAACGCCAUCAAUGGAGUGGAGUGGACGCAAGACAUAUUUCCUGCAGCUGUGAACGCCAUCAAUGUCAACACUGUCAUGGACGUAAACAUUGACAUCCUACCUGAUGAAAUUCUUGUUAAAAUAUUCCGUUUACUCCCUCAUCAAGACCUACUGGCAAUGUCAUGUGUCAGCAACAGAUUUAAUAAUAUUGUAAAUGAUCGUCAAGUUGUCAGGUGUUUAGACUUGCAGAAGGUCUAUAACUGGACAACAGAAGAAUUCAAGACCUUCUUUCUCCCUCACACAAGAUGUCAGAAUAUACAACGGGUCAAUUUAAACCAUGUAUAUUGGAUCAAAUUACCCAACUUUGUGGUAAAACUAAAAAAUUUGGUGUCGUUGCAUAUGCUAGGAAUACGUAUGAAAUUUAUGCAACUCAAGUGGAUUCUUACAUCUUGCCCAAAGCUCCAAGAUCUCUCCAUCAGCUGGCCAUACGACAUGGAGUCAGAUAAUUCAAUGCAGUGGAUGGGUGGAUUUAAUGAGGUGAAGGAAGUACUCAGUCUGCUGGAAUCUUUACACAUACUAAUACAUGCCAACCCUGUACCCGUCCUAGAGCUUCUUGGUCACUGUACAGGACUCAAGAAACUAGUCAUCACCAACCACCACGCAAGCAGGUUCCUCAGUACCCCAGGGACAUUAUCUGCAGGUAAAGAAUACAACUUGAAACUCCCUCACCUUCAGGACCUCAUAAUAGACCAUGCAGAUGGCAGCUUCCCAGACCAUCUUAUAAUGGGUCUUCUCCACAACAUACUAGAAGGUUGCAAAAGUUCUGCUGACUGGAGGACCUACUGGACCAAUACACCAGUAUAUCUGCAUGCAAAACCUUUUAGGAAUCAAAUAGACAUAAUAAAGAACUGCUGGAGGGUGUCCCUUUCACUCACACCUUCAGUAUGGACGAUGAUGCGUGAAGCUGGAACUCUCAGUCAGAUGGAGGAACUUUUGGUUAAGGGCCACGCACCGUGCAGUAUGAAUCUUACCACCAUUGUUCGUUCUUGCCCCAAUCUCAAGAGUUUAAACGUUAUGAAUGGGCUCAAUCUUACACUGGACAUAAAGAAAGUGAGUGAAAUAUUACCAAAGCUGGAGAGGUUGAGCAUCUGUUGUCAGCCUGAACAAGGACCAUCAAAGAUUGCUGAAGGGAUUGCAACAUUCCAUCACUUGACUCACCUAACAGUACCUAUCUGUGCUCUUAUAGAAACACAACAAGUUCAGAAAACCUACAGCAACACGUCAGGCAUGCAUUUCAGUAAUGGAUAUAAACGUCAAAGACUUGGUGUGCCAACUAAAAAUAAUCUGAGCGAAGUUGAAUUAGCGGCCUUUAACCUAGUGUUUCAAAACUGUCCAAUGAUAACAGUGCUAGAGAUUGGGUUUAACAAGAGUACAUCGUGCAGCCCGGCUAAAAUUCGUUGGGAGUGUUUGGAAAAUGUCAAGAAACUGAAGAAGUUAACGCAUCUUACGCUUGAUGGUAUUCCCAUAACUAAUGGGAGAUUCCUAAUAGAGAUAGCCAAAGGAUGUACGGAAUUGGAAUUCCUCCGUUUGAAACACUUGGGACCUUCAGGGAUAUGUUGUUAUAUAUCUCACUUAUCACAAGCACUUGCCUUCUGCAAAAACCUUGUCCACUUAAGAAUUGAGCAAAACUACCUUGCUCCUGGGACAGCCAUCUUUAAGGCCUUGAUAGAAUGUGAGAAGCUCGAGAGACUCUUCUUUCAUGCUGAGAGGGACAUGGUGGGCUUUGACACCAGCAGCAUCGACGAUCUCAUAGAGAAGCGGACAAGUCUAGUGUUCGUCUUUAUUGUUGGUAGUCAGACGUUCAAAGAUAAGUGCGCGAAGCUCACACGAAAGUACCGGUACAAAAAUUUAAGCCGUCCAGCUCUUGUUGUGCGGGUCCGGAGGGCUCUCUGGGACGUCUUUGAUGAUAAGAACACAGAGACCCGCACUACACCUGCCUGCCACUACAAUGACAUGAUUACCUUCAGAAGCUGGACUUUUGACUCAUUUACGUAAUAUUGCAUCAUUGUUUACCUUUGCUCAGGUUAAUUAAUGUAACCAUAACUCUUUUGUUCUUAUGUGAAAAUACUCUAUGGUGAAUGUUCGAGUUGACGGUUCUGGGGAAACAUAUUCAACACACUCUGUCAUGCCAUUACAAUAUGUUUUGUUUUAAAAUUAAAGUUGAAACCAUCGUGCUUCAGUCGUGAUAAGUCAAAUUAUUUGUGGUUCUGAGGAAACGUCAGCCAUAUUGGUGAUGACAUCAGAAGAUGGAAGCAGAUGACUCAUAGUGAAAUUCAGCACACACUGUACUUGUUGAAGUGCCUUUUUCUAAAAAAAAUAGUGACCGUCAACUCGUACAAUAUAUAAAGCAUAUUUAUUUAUAAAUAAUUCAUAUAGUUUUUUGUCUGUGUAGAAUUCUUUUGAUAUUUUUGUAAAGUUUAUCUUCUGUUAAAAAUUUGAAGAUAUAAUGUACAGAUAUACAGUACUGGAGACGUACCACAAUGGGGAGUACAGUACAGUACAGUACAGUAUUAAGAUUUUAAAGAGGGAAAUUAUUAUUAAAACUGAAAUUAA